UCCGCAAACUCCACCUCUAGUAGCCUACCACUCUCCCAGUCCCAGCGCUGCGCAACGCAUUGACCGGUUGACCCACCACACCUCCUCCCCCGCUCCCCGUCAGUCCCUCUCCCUCGCUCCGCUCGUUGUCCCUGCGCCUGCAGAUCCGGAGGUAACGACAGUGCUAACUAUCGAGAAAGAAGACGGUACAAAAUGGAGAAUUACGGCAAGGACCACGAAGAUGCGCUCAAGGAUGUUGAAUUCAGAGAGCAGCCCGCUCGUGUGGAUCUCAGCCGGCUAGCGGAAAUCGCAGAUACCGAGAAAGCUGCUUCUCAAAUGCAAUACUUCGUGAAGCACUCGGAAUACAGGAGGGCCAACAAUGCCCGGCUCCUGAGUGAAGAGCUCGGUCAUCUCUCCCAACAGCGAGAAGAGAUUGAGCAAAAGAAGCAGCAGAUCAUGGAGGAGGACCAACGUCACAAUGCCCUCAAGUGUUCGAGCCAGGAGAGUAGUGAUCUUUCUCAUGACGAGGAUCUUGAAGAAGAUGCAGAGCAUGACAGUACCCCCUACUGGAAACGGCGAGCGCUGCGGUCGGAGAAAGCGCAUGAGGCAAGCCUGCAAAGGGAGCGUUCGUUGGAGGAGAAGCUGGGGGAAUAUCUCAAGAAAUUUCAGCCAGAAACACUGGCGGGGGAGUUCUCUGCCAUGUUAAAACGGGCCGAUUAUUUCUUGCACCUGAUUCUCCAAAGUGCCCCCAUUGUGAUUGCUCAUCAGGAUGUUAUUGGUAAAACAGACCAUGAGAUAUUGUCAGGAGAGGGUAUAGAUGAGAUGAAUAAGGUCAAGAGAGAGGUUAUGGCCAAGGGUAUACCGACUAAGAGAGAGUUUGUAUUUAACACUCCAUUGUUCGGAGCAAAGACCUUUGUGGUAUACAUCGAACCGGUUUUCAGCAAAAUAGGGGAAACAAUCGGUGUGAAUUAUGUUGGACUGGACAUAACAGACCAGGUCAAAACAAGAGAGAAAAUGACAGACAUAAGGGUGAGGGAAGCUGUUCAAAAAGCCAAGGAAACAGAGCAUAGCAGAUCACUUAAUAUUACAGAGGACACACCACAAGCAAAGCAAACGUUAGCCACAAUGUCACAUGAGAUCGGAUCUCCCCUUUCAGAAGUCCUUAGGAUAGCCGAGCUUCUUGCAACUACCAAACUGGAUCAAGAACAACAUCAGUUGCUAGAGCUUAUGUUAUCCUUUGGAAAUGUUGUGUUACAAUCGAUCGAUGGCAUCCUUGGUUUCUCCAAAGUGGAAUCAGGAGUUAUGAAACUACAAUCUGCGAUAUUUAGGCCAAGGGAAGUAGUUGAACAUGUACUCCAAACUGCUUCUUCAUUUAUGAAGAAGGAACUAACUCUUGAAGGGUGCGUAGGUGAUGAUGUUCCAUCGGAGGUCAUCGGUGAUGCGCGAAAGAUUCAGGAAAUUCUGACAAACUUGAUCAGUUUCAGCAACGCGGUGAAGUUUACACAAGACGGGAAGGUUGGGAUAAACCUUAAUGUUGUAGAUAAGCAGCAACUGGAAUGCCAAAUAGAACAUAUAAGACCUCAUUUUGCAAGCCCAAUUAACACUGAGACAGAAUAUUACCCUGCCUGGCCAGAAAAUUCUGAUAAAGAUACCCUGCGUUGCUCAAACCGUGAAGAUGCUCAUCAGAAUGGCAUUCCAUCGAAUGAAAAUUCUACGGGGGAAGCUGUUUGGCUUCGCUUCAAUGUUUAUGACACUGGAAUAGGAAUACCAGAGAAGUCAUUGCCAUUUCUGUUCAAGAGGUAUAUGCAUGCCAAUGAGGAACAUACAACAAAAUAUGGUGGGACAGGGCUUGGCCUUGCUGUCUGCAAGCAGUUGGUGGACUUGAUGGGUGGUACUCUCACUGUGCUUAGCAAAGAGAAUGAAGGGUCAACAUUUACAGUCAUGCUGCCCUGCACAAUCCCUGACAAUGGGCAAAACUCGCCAGCUCCUGGAGAAGGGCAAAGAUGGUCCAGGGCUGAGGCAUGGGUAGUAUAG